GGCUCAUCACUAGGGGGAGGGGCUUCAUGUUCCUAGAAUACGAGUUGUUCUUCUGACAACGCCCCGCCCCCCAUAGAGUGCGACACAAAGAGGGCGGAGUUUCACCUUACCGUAGUCUAAAUGAGAAGAGGGCGGAGUUUUUGAGUAUGGCAGCAGGCUGACCUCGCCCCGCCCCUUUCACCUCUACAUCCCCGGGGAGGACGGGGCGGGGCUUCGUGCGGCUAGUUUAUCAGGGAGAGGUUCGGUGCUCGUAGUCUUCAUCUCUGCAGCCAUGGCGUAUCCAGGAGCGGGCGGCGGUUACUACCCACAGCCGGGGUAUGGCGGUCCUCCAGGGGGUGCGUACCAACAGCAGGAUCCCAUGUAUGGCUAUUUUUUAGCUGUUGCAGGCCAAGACGGACAGAUAGACGCUGAGGAGCUGCAGAGAUGCCUGACACAAGCCGGAAUGUCUGGAGGAUAUAAACCUUUUAACUUGGAAACCUGCAGACUUAUGAUCGCCAUGCUGGAUAGGGACAUGUCGGGCAAGAUGGGCUUCAAUGAGUUUAAGGAACUAGGGAUGGCAUUGAAUGGCUGGAAGCAGAACUUCAUGUCCUUUGAUGGAGACAGGAGCGGCACAGUCGAUGGAAUGGAGCUUCAGCGCGCAUUGGGGACUAUGGGAUACAGGCUGAGCCCCCAAGCAUUGAAUGUGAUUGUCCAAAGAUACAGCACCCAUGGAAGGAUAACGUUUGAUGACUACAUCGCUUGUUGUGUAAAGAUUCGAGCGCUGACAGAUACCUUCAGAAGACGAGAUGCUGCCCAGCAGGGGAUAGUGAAUUUCCAGUAUGAUGAUUUCAUUAUGAGCGUCAUGAGCCUCUGAUAAUGUGAACCCCCCCGGACAGGGAUCAAUGACACUUUGCCUGUAACCAGCUCCGUUCUAUUUUUAAUCCUGGAUAUCUACUAGCAUGUGUAUAUGGAACAUCCUGUGUGUUUUGUAACUAAUUUUUUUUUUUUUUUUGUAUUAAAUGCAAAAAUGUAUAGAGGCAAAAA